AUGAUGAAGUUUGAAGGAAAAGUUGUAAUUGUGACCGGUAAAUUUUAAGGGCAACUCAUUUUUAUCUGCAUGUAUUACGGUAGUCAUGUAACAUUUAGGAUCAAACUCUGGAAUUGGAAAGCAAACAGCCUUUGAGUUGCUUCGAAAAGGAGCAAAAGUUACAAUUCACGGCCAAAACGAGCAAAAAAUUUCGGUAUGUUAUUUAUGCCUCGUUUCCACUAUAGAAGAGAAAAAUAUGCUUCAUAAACAAUUUCCAAUUUACAAGGCUUUCACUUUAGGACGCCAUAUCUGAUUUCAAGGCCAAUGGAAUAUGUGAGGAUAGUAUUCAUUACGUCAUUGGCCCAGUUCAAGACCCACAAACACAGAAGCGGCUGAUCGCUGAGACCGUAGAAAAGUUUGGCAAACUCGAUGUUCUCAUAAAUAACGCCGGCAUAUCGCAUGAUAAGAGCUUGGGAGAACAUUCCGCCGAGCAAUUUCACAAAGUCAUGGGUAUAAAUGUGGAAAGGUAAGCGUUAAGUUGAUGAGUGGCCGCAGAAGUUGAGAGAGGCUUUAUAGACGGUAAAAGAUAAGAGAUUUUGCAGAGAUUUUUGGACAGACUGAUAUUAUAUUACUUUACUAUGGGUGAUUUUUUGUUUGACAUGGGGAUUUCAGCGUUCUCUCAUUGAGCCGCCAAGCUCUGCCUCACCUCGAAAAGACCCAUGGGAAUAUUGUCAACAUAAGCUCUGUGAGUGGCCAGCGCGCUGCCCUUUUCUGGCAGUUCUACCGUAUCUCCAAAGCCGCUUUGGACCAUGCGACAAAAAUCAUGGCUUACGAUUUCGCUCGAAGCGGGGUUCGGGUGAAUGCGGUUAGCCCGGGCGUUAUAAAGACCAAUUUCAUCGCAAGAAACACGACGCUUGAAGAGUCGGAUGCGCAAUUCAAAAACUACGAGUCAUAUGUCCCAAUGAAUCGACUGGGGACGUUGCAGGAAAUUUCCAACGUAAUUUUAUUCAUGGCUUCGGAGUUGGCCUCGUUUAUGACUGGAGCAAUUGUGGUGGUCGACGGAGGAAUGCUGCUUGGCCCCGCGAUCAAGAAGGACUGA